UUUACAGACAAUUAUCCACCACGUGCUCAAGGUACUCUAAAACCACUGUAUGUCGCUAGAUUAGGAGAUAUAAAACGGUUAAGAUGUGCUGUGACAGGGCUUCCACCACCAAAUAUCACAUGGAUUAAAAACGACCAGCCUUUGCACCAGUCUGAGAGGAUAAGAAAGCUAAACAAGAACAAAACUAUUAAGAUCAAAGGAGUCCGACUUGAUGACCAAGGCAACUACACCUGUAUUGCUGAAAAUCCUCUCGGUAAAGUCAACCUGACGCUCCAGCUAAACGUGCGUCAUGAUGAAAUUCGGACAACUACUGGUUCACCACUAGCAACUAAAAGACCCACAACUAAGCAUCAGGCUAGAGGUAGGCAAUCAUAUAAGAUCUACAGAGAAGCACCUCAUCAUGAGUUUGUUCAUAAUGGUUCAACCUUCUUGAUUUGCAGAACCAACCCUAAUACUUUGGUGGCUAUUUAUAAGUUUGACUUAAAAAUGAAAAAAAAAAUUGGACUGCAGAAACGCUUUCGGCCACUUUUUGUCACUGUACCCUAAGCUCAGAUCAUACACCCUCGAGUACGUACAAGUAUCUAAACCGGCAUAAACUUUUCUUUUUGUAAGAAACCUUUUUUUUAUAAAAACGUUCAGGCUGGAAUAAAACAAAAUUUUUAAAACAAACUAAGAACACACCCAGGCUGAGAGUCAGUGAAGGACGUCUAUAUUUUGCCCCUUUUUGUGAGAAGUAUAAAUAAAUAAAUGUAAAAGAAAUGUAAAACUCUGGUCUAACGAAACAAUAACCUAAAAACUUAAGGAUAUUUUCAAUAUUAGCAAUGUCUUUAUCUUAUUGCACGAUACACUGAACAUCAAUUCGGUUUGCAGUCUAACUUAAUCGAUUCAUUGAAAUACUAUACUACGCUCAAAUCACAAAAAAAUUGGAACGUUCAGUCCCAGCCCCAAAAUUACGCCUUGUUAUAAAAAAAAGUGUAUCCUAACAAGAAUAAGUACCGUUAUUUCUCCCUGACCACAAUUUUGGAGAUACGUACAAGGUUUUUGGAAACGAUCUCUCUUUUUUCAGAUUUAAUUACGAAUCUCAAGACUCCGGAAUCAAGUAAGUACCUGUCAUCUUGUAUAAUUAUUUUAGGUAACUCAUGGACAAUGGCUCAUUAGAAGAAGGUCAUUGCACUCGGCAAAACGCAUAUUUUUCCGUCAAUUCUAUUCCGAAAACUUACAAUGAAAUUUUAAAUGGAUCAUAUCGCCUUAUAGACCCAUACUAUUACAGGACCGUUCGAGUGAAAAUUAAUUAUGGUGUUGAGGUGACUAUUGUAAAUGUGACCGAGGAGGAUUUUGGACUCUACACUUGCUUGGUGAGCAAUCAUAUUGGCAACGAUUUCAGUAGUGCAUUCCUCAUCAAAAAUGUGAAACCCACGGUUCCUGUGACAGGUCAGUAUCUGUUUAAAACACGGCGCAGCAAAUUUUCUCCUAUCCGCUCUUAGUCGAGCGACUGCCCUUUUAAAAGUAAUGCAUUUUGCAGAAAAUGUUACGUCCAUUCUUUGUUUUUGUAACUGGGAUUCAACACAUUUUUUCAUCUUGAGCCCUAUUGCCGAUGCACUUUACGACCCUUUUUUAGCGGAUUGUGGACCCUACUUUUUCGUUCAUUGGUAAAGUCGACUUUUCUUGUCAGCAAAGGCCUAUUGUGUCCAUAAGAAUAAUAAACAAAUAAUAAAUGGCCGCAAGAGAAUGUAGUAUAGAAGUUUAUAAUCUCUUGAUGGUUGCUUGUCGAUAUGGAAUUUCUCUCCUUGUUUUCAACUCCAAAUCUCAUUCGUUCGCUGCGCUCUCUCCUGAGAUAGCGAGUUGAACUCCAUAUCUACGCGUGCCCAUGUAUUAUUCUCUGAAUAGCGAACGAAAAGCGAUGCGUCAUAUGUGCAAGUACACAAUUACAUGACAACAGCAUAAAUUAGCGAAACAUUAUAGAGACAAGGUGGCAUCCACAGUAAUAUCAACAAUUUUUCACAAGCAAUUUAGGCUUAAGGACACGUAAUUUUUCAGAUCUCGAAAAUUUUUUAGCGUUUCAAAAUUUGGCUUCUGAUAUAGAUAUCAUGUAGUAGUCAUUUUAUAGCUUCAAGUGUCUUCAGUUCAAAAUUAUCUUCCCUUUUCUCAACAGCUAAACAUCGAUCAGCUCCGAUCCUACAGACAGGUUUGCCAAAGAACAAAACAGUGCAAGUUGGGGAUGAUGCAACAUUUACCUGUUUAGUUCCUGUUAGUGGUACUCUCCCGAAUUUCAGAUGGCUUAAAUGGAACACACCCGUCAAUUCUAUUCCAAAAACUUACAAUGAUAUUUUAAAAGGAUCAUAUCGCGUUAUGGACCCAUACUAUUACAAGACCGUUCGAGUGAAAAAUAAUUAUGGUGUCGAGUUGAAUAUUGUAAAUGUGACUGAGGACGAUUUUGGACUCUACACUUGCUUGGUGAGCAAUCAUAUCGGCGACGAUUUCCGUAGUGCAUUCCUCAUCAAAUAUAUGAAACCCACGGUUCCUGUGACAGGUCAGUAUCUGUUUAAAACACGACGCAGCAAACUUUCUCGUAUGCACACCUAGCAGAGCGACUGCCCUUUUAAGUGAAGCCUUUUUGUAUAGUCGCUGUAUGGUAUACUUCUCAGAAAACGUUCUUACUUAAUCAAACUUGAUGAUUUAGCUCGUUAACUCCGAAUUCUCCUGACCGUUUGCGACACAUUUCUUAGUUCUGAGAAUGCCAGUGGUCUUAAAUCAAACAAUAUCCCUAUUAUAUCUUCUAUCACAAGAAUUUAACGUUUCAGUGAAUCUAACUGUGAUAUACAUGAGGUGAUCCUUAAACUUCUGGGGGAAAAACGCAUGCAUGGCGAGUAACUAAAUGAAAAGAGUCGAUUUUCUACUUCUUUAGUCCCUGAACAUUUCCAAAUAGCUAACUGUUAUUGAAGCUACACGAUUAAACAUUAAUGCUUCUACGAAAUGUUUAGUGAUUCGCUACAAUUACAUACAGACCAACGCUCUUAGUUUCUCGCAUAUAAAAAUGUUAUUGUACUUGUGGAUAUUGCUCUUAUUCUUGAAAGAUGAACAAACUCACACAAUGGAGAAUUUAGGUGCUGUGGCGAUCAAAAGUAAUAAUUUCUUCUGGUGGACGCUUUAACAUCUUUUGUGCCAUGUCGAGGGAGGUGUCAUAUGAUUGUAACCAUGUCUUUCAAUGCAGCGAAGUCGAAGUCAAAAUGGGAAAUAGGCGCAUAAUGCGCAUGACUAGGAGUGAGGAAUCCUUAGUGUGCCCAUCUCCUACCACUUUUACUAAGAAAACACCAACAUAUAUAUGAAACUCAUGUUUUUCGAUUUUGACUUCGAUUUUUUCGUCAGAUUUGUCCUAACUUCUAUUGUUCCUACUGUCUAUGAUGAUAAGACAUGAUAACUUUGUAACGUAUUGUCAUUCAUCAGAUCAGAAGAUUCACGAUGCUCUUGUUUCUGGAAUCACCGCAGCAUUCGUGCUAAUUACUGUGGGUAUUUUAAUUGUUAUCUGUUGGCUUCUUCCAUCGAACCUAAUAAAAAAAUCCUUGAAACCUUCAGUUUCAUUGUCAAGUAAGUCUAAAUUAAAUUUGAAGGUUGGCAGCUUUAUUUAAGAGGUUUGACAAUAUUUUUGUUCAUCUUACUUUAUGCACGUAUUAGACUGAAAGCCGAAAGCUUGAACCAGAGAACGUCCUUUCUGGUCAUUAUAAACCAGCCAGUUAGCCCUCAUGUUCGCAUUGCUUUCAACGGGCUUGAUUAAAAGUUUUACUGUAACAAUUUUUGAACAUAAACCCCUUAGCUAAUAUCAUAUCCUUGUUUUCUUCUUUCAGAACCUACAUUUGAAUACGAUGCGUUCGUUAUUUUCAGCUCCCAAGAUUCGGAUUGGGUGGUUAAAACUCUUAUUCCAACUCUUGAGGAAAAACACCAUUUAAAAUGCUGUGUACAUUACAGAGAUUUCGCUCUUGGAGUACCUUUCCGCGAAAAUAUGGUCAACAGUGUUUACAAGUCUAGAAAAACAAUAGCUGUCGUGUCUAAGAACUUUUUUAAUAGCAAUUAUUGUGGUUCUGAAAUGGAUUAUGCCCUCCAUCGACUUAUGGAAAGGAGAGAUGAUAGUUUAGUCGUAAUCAAAAUUGAUGACGUUGAUAGAACAAAACUUCCUAAGGAGCUGCGAAAAAGAAGCUACAUAGACCUUCAAAAGUCUGUUGAAAAGGAUCACUGGGACAGAAAACUGGUUAAGUGUUUAACGCUUCCCAGCGAUCCGCCACAGAAACAAAUUCUGUAA